AUGGCGAUUCAGAUCCUCUCUGACUUACACUUGGAGUCGCCCAAGGCGUAUGACGUCUUCGAGAUCACUCCGAAAGCCCCAAUCUUGGCUCUGCUGGGGGAUAUUGGGAAUAUUGCGGCUCACAAGGACGACUGUCUCACCUUCCUGACUCAACAACUUCGCCAAUUCCGCGUUGUGCUGUUCGUCCCCGGAAAUCACGAAGCGUAUCGAUCAAGCUGGCCCGAAACACUCGAGAUUCUUCGCGCAUUUGAGAAAGACGUCAGUGCCAACCCGUCGCUAGGGCAAUUCGUCUUGCUGGACAGAACGAUUUUCCAGGUGCCCGACACGAACAUCGUUGUAUUAGGAUGUAGCCUCUUCUCUCACGUUCCUCCUGAAAGCCGCGACCACGUCUCCAUGGGACUACAAGACUUUUUUCAAAUAGAAGAGUGGGACAUUGACCCGCAUAAUAUCGCCCACAAACGGGACCUGGCCUGGCUCAACACACGGGUCACAGAAUUCGAGCAGUCCGAUGUGCGGAUCAUCAUCUUCUCGCAUUGGAGCCCUUCAAAAGACAGCCGUGCUCUGGACCCGAGGCAUGCUACAAGCCCCAUCACGCCAGGCUUUGCGACGGAUCUGUCGGAUGAAGCAUGCUUCAAGAGCGGCAAAGUCAAGAUUUGGGCGUUUGGCCACACGCAUUUCAACUGCGAUUUUACUGCUGAACGGGAUGAAGGAGCUGAGCCUUUGAGACUUGUUACAAACCAAAGAGGAUAUUACUUUUCUCAAGCAGCUGGCUUUGAUGAGGAGAAGCUUCUAGAGUGGUAA